GUACCUCAACACCCUGUCUUUGACCCUUGAUCAUUGGACUAAAGUCCAGUCAAAGGCCCAGAAUCUCUCUUUUUCAGUGAAACGCCGGACCUGGCAGACUCUCUGUACAUCAGAAUGGCCCACUCUCGGAGUCGGAUGGCCCCCAGAAGGAUCCUUCUACCUCCCUCUAAUCCGAAAAGUCAGAGAUAUUGUCUUCCAGCCGGGGCCACAUGGUCAUCCAGAUCAACAGCCAUAGAUUCUCACUUGGCAGGACCUCUGUGAAUCUCCCCCUUCGUGGGUGAAACCUUUUCUUGUACCUGCCUCCACCUCUACCCCCACCAUUCUGUCCCUCAAACCCUCCGCUCCUUCUCCUCUUCCUCCCCCUCUUCCCUCCAUCCUUCCUGAAUCUCAGGAUCUAACCUUGCUAGAUUCCCCUCCUCCACCCCCAUAUCUCUUGCCCCUCAGUCCCCAACGUCCUAUAGACAAUUCCCCUGAAGCAGAUCCGAUCCCUUCGGUAGAGGAAACUGCUCCAGAUGACCCCCUUGCGGUAAGCCCAACUCCUCCUCCAUCGGAGGAAAUUGGGCCAGCAGGGGGAACCCGCCGAAGGCGAAUAAUUAAGAAUCCUGAUGCUCCAGUAAUGCUCCCCCUCUGCCCCUACAGGCUAAUGAUUGAUGAUGGGCAAGGGGGAGAAAUACAAGUUUACCAAUAUUGGCCCUUCUCCUCUUCUGACCUAUAUAACUGGAAAAAUAAUAAUCCCCCUUUUUCUGAAGAUCCCACCCGACUCACAGGUUUAAUGGAAUCACUGAUGUUUUCACACCAGCCUACUUGGGACGAUUGCCAACAGCUUCUAGGGACCCUCUUCACAACUGAGGAACGAGAGAGGAUCCUCCUGGAAGCCAGGAAAUAUAUUCUUGGACCAGAUCGAGGACCAACCCAACUUCCCAAUCUAAUUGAAGCUGCCUUUCCCCUGAACAGACCCAACUGGGAUCCCAACACCUUCGAAGGUAGGGAGCAUCUGUCCACUUAUCGCCGGACUCUAAUAGCGGGUCUCCGAGCGGCCGCCAGACAGCCAACUAAUUUGGCCAAGGUAAGAGAGAUUAUCCAAGGGCCUAAUGAGUCACCCUCAAUGUUUCUAGAGAGAAUUAUGGAAACAUAUAGGAGAUAUACUCCUUUUGAUCCUCAGGCAGAGGACCAAAAGGCAUCUGUUGCAAUGGCCUUCAUCGGGCAAGCUGCCCUAGAUAUUAAGAAAAAGCUACAACGUUUAGAUGGACUACAAGGUAUGACUUUAAGAGAUUUAGUCAGAGAGGCUGAGAAAGUGUAUUAUAAAAGGGAGACAGAGGAAGAAAAAGAACAAAGAAGGGAGAAAGAAAGGGAAAAGAAGGAAGAUGAAAGGAAUAAAAGACAGACUAAGAUGUUGUCAAAGGUCCUGGUCACAGCAGCAGACAGACUAGAAGUUAAAAAGCAAGGAGACAGAAAGGGGCACCUGGGCCCACGCCAAAAAUCGCCCUUGGCUUCAGACCAAUGUGCUUACUGUAAGGAAAAGGGACACUGGGCCAGAGAUUGCCCUAAAAGGAAACAGUCACGCCAGCCAGCCAUCCUAACCCUGGAAGAUGAUUAGGGGAGUCAGGGCUCGGACCCCCUCCCCGAGCUCAGGGUAACUUUUGAAGUGGAGGGGACCCCAGUAAACUUCGAACUGGACACAGGAGCAAUAUACUCAUCCCUUAAAACUCCAUUGGGCCCCUUAUCAAACAAGAGGUCACUAGUUCAAGGGGCUAAUGGCAGUAAAUAUCGGGCUUGGACAACUAAGAGGACUAUGGACUUGGGGAAGGGUAAAGUUCACCACUCUUUCUUGGUAAUCCCAGAAUGUCUGGCCCCAUUGAUGGGCAGAGAUCUGCUCACCAAACUCCGGGCCAGAAUAACCUUUAACCCUGAUGGUCCCCAAGUGGAGUUUCUGAACCCUUCAGUGAAGACUCCCAUAGUCACAGCUUUAACUAUGUCAGUAGAUGAUGAACAUCAACUCUUCAUGCACUCUAAGACUGAUCAAACGGGCAAGCUACCCCAAAAAUGGAUAAUAAAUUACCCCGAUGCCUGGGCAGAAACUGCUGGACUAGGUUUAGCAGUCAAACAGCCUCCGAUAGUAGUGGAAUUAAAAACCUCUGCCUCCCCAAUCAAUAUUAAACAAUAUCCUCUAAGCAAAGAAGCUAAAAAUGGAAUAAGACCUCAUAUUCAAAAAUACUUGGCUCUGGGAGUCCUAAGGCCCUGCCAAUUGGCCUGGAACACUCCCCUACUGCCAGUAAAGAAACCUGGAGGAGACUAUCAUCCUGUGCAGGACUUAAGGGAAGUCAACAACAGAGUACAGGACAUUCACCCCACAGUACCUAAUCCAUAUAAUCUGCUUAGUACUCUAAAUCCUGAACGAAAAUGGUAUACUGUCUUGGACUUAAAAGAUGCCUUCUUUUGUUUGCCUUUACAUAAAGAUAGCCAGCUACUGUUUGCUUUUGAGUGGGUGGAUCCAGAAACAGGAACAUCUGGCCAACUAACCUGGACUAGACUCCCACAAGGGUUCAAAAACUCCCCCACUCUCUUUGAUGAAGCCCCCCACAGGGACCUCAAUAACUUCAGGACUACACACCCAGGAGUCACCCUGCUUCAAUAUGUGGAUGACCUGCUGCUGGCAGCUGACACCAAGGAAAACUGUGAGUCUGGAACACGAGCACUAUUAUCCGAGCUUGCUAGGCUUGGAUAUAGAGCUUCUGCCAAAAAGGCUAAAAUCUGCCAGCAAGAAGUUACUUUCCUGGGCUAUUCCCUUAGAGAUGGCAAAAGAUGACUCACAGGGCCCAGAAAACAGACUGUUGUGCAGAUACCGCCCCCAUCUAAUAGGAGGCAACUUAGAGAGUUUCUCGGGACUGCUGGCUUUUGUAGAUUAUGGAUUCCUGGGUUUGCAUCCCUAGCCGCUCCUUUGUACCCACUGUUGAAGGCAGACACCCAAUUCCAAUGGACCCCCAAACAUCAGCAAGCUUUUGAUGAUAUUAAAAAGGCGCUGCUAUCUGCUCCAGCUCUAGCACUUCCGGAUGUAGAAAAGCCCUUCACUCUUUACAUCGUGGAAAAGAAAGGAACAGCCCGAGGAGUGCUCACUCAGACUUUAGGGCCCUGGAAGAGACCUGUAGCCUACAUGUCCAAAAGACUAGAUCCAGUGGCUAGCGGGUGGCCCCACUGCCUAAAAGCUAUAGCAGCAGCAGCAGCCCUUCUAAUAAAAGAUGCUGAUAAAUUAACGCUGGGACAGAAGCUAACCAUUAUAGCCCCUCAUGCCCUGGAGAACAUCAUUCAUCAGCCUCCAGACAGAUGGCUAUCAAAUUCUAGGAUAACUCACUAUCAGAGCUUGUUGCUUGACAAAGACAGAAUAGCACUGGGACCCCCAGCCCCACUUAACCCAGCCACACUCCUACCUGAAGAAUCAUCAGAGCCUGUCAUCCAUGACUGUCAACAUAUACUGGCAGAAGAGACCAGUAUACGACAGGAUCUAAAAGAUCAGCCACUGCCCCAUCCUGAAGUCGUGUGGUUUACCGACAGCAGCAGCUUCCUCCAGGACGGUAAGCGGCGAGCUGGGGCAGCAGUAGUUAGCAGGACAAAAGUCAUCUGGUCCUCUAGUCUCCCGGAAGGGACAUCUGCACAAAAGGCAGAGCUGAUCGCUCUUACGAAGGCAUUAGAACUAGCAGCAGGCAAAAAGGCCACCAUAUAUACUGAUAGCCGAUAUGCGUUUGCUACCGCCCAUAUACAUGGGGCUAUUUAUCAGCAAAGGGGGCUAUUAACCUCGGCCGGAAAAGAAAUAAAAAACAAAGAUGAGAUUCUCCGCCUUCUCUCAGCAGUGCAAAACCCCAAAGAACUAGCUAUAGUGCACUGCCCAGGGCACCAAAAGGGAAAUGAUCCCGUGGCGGUCGGAAACAGAAGGGCAGAUGAGGAAGCUAAGUUGGCAGCUCUGAUGGGAGUAACCAUGUUAACACUUUCCUCACCGGGGGAACAACAGUCAGGAGAUUCAACUGCGUACGAGAACCCAGACAAUUUAACACCUGAGGACAUUGAAACUGAACUCCUUGACUCCACCGGGCCUAGCCUGCAAUUUCAAAAAGCCCUACACUGUGUUAAAGAUGUGCAUCAACUCACUCACCUUGGUUCAAAAAAACUACAGGCAUUCCUGAAGGAUCAACAGCAGUAAUUUCCGCUGACCAGCACACAAUGAAAAGAAAUAGCCGAACGGGUAAUAAAGGCCUGCCGGGUCUGUCAAUUGGUUAAUGCUUACCCCUCCAAGCUUCCUACAGGGAAACGCCUAUGAGGAACCAGACCAGGACAAUUCUGGGAAAUAGACUUUACAGAAUUCAAACCAGCAAAGUAUGGACUUAAGUAUCUUCUAGUUUUUGUAGAUACUUUUUCAGGGUGGGUUGAAGCCUUCCCCACCAAAAAAGAAAAAGCUCAAAUGGUAAUCAAAAAGAUCCUGGAGGACAUCUUCCCGAGAUUCGGCCUGCCUAAGGUAAUAGGGUCCGAUAAUGGACCAGCGUUCGUGGCCCAGGUAAGUAAGGGAUUGGCCAGGACCCUGGGGAUUAAUUGGAAAUUACAUUGUGCUUAUAGACCCCAGAGCUCAGGACAGGUAGAAAGGAUGAAUAGAACUAUUAAAGAGACCUUAACAAAAUUAAGCUUGGAGACCGGUAUAAAAGAUUGGACUAUGCUCCUACCUUAUGCACUGUUUCGUGCAAGAAAUAACCCCUCCGCCUCUUUGUGUAACCUCACCCCCUGUGAAAUUCUCUAUGGUGCCCCUCCUCCAAUAAGAGACCUAACCCCAACCCUGAGACUUAAGGAUUCCUUUCACACCCCCUUGCUUGACAGACUUAAGGCUCUUGAGCAAACCCAGCGAUUCCUGUGGAAGCAGCUGGCUACUGCCUAUCAGCCCGGAGACGAAGGAACCCCACAUCAAUAUCAAGUGGGAGACUUCGUCUAUGUGAGACGACAUCAGGUGUCAUCCCUAGAACCCCGCUGGAAAGGACCAUACCAGGUGCUACUCAUAACACCUACGGCGGUGAAAGUGGAUGGAGUUGCUUCAUGGAUCCAUGCCUCCCAUCUCAAGCCUGCGCCCUCUCUGGUCUCCAAUUGGAAACUGGAAAAGACUGGUAACCCUUUCAAAUUGCGUGUUCGCU